UGCACUUAGAUGUCUCGCCUUCACCAGUAACUCAACAUAUCUAAAAUUGAAUUAAUAAUCUUCCUUAAAACCAUAUUGAAUUUGCCAAAUUUUCUACCCUUGCCAGUAGUACCACUAUUUUUUGUCACCUACACUUGAAUCUUCGAGGAUAUCUUUGACUACUUACUUUCCCUAUAUCCUGUUCAUCAACAGUCUUACCAAGUUUUCUUGGAACUAUUUCUCCUUCCUAUACCCUUCCAUUACAUUUUCACUGCAUGAUCUCACAUUUUAAUGCUUUAACCACUCCUGGAAGACUUUUCUUAUACUUCAUUGUUAUUCUGUCACAAUCUAGUAGCAAGAUUUCAACCGUGGAUCAGUUCCACAGUCUACCUGUUCUACUUUUACAUUCAGGAUACUGAGUGAUGCUACAGAAAAUUAUAUAAGGCUAGAGAUUGGGUACCUCUACAGAGUCUUAGUAUCCAGCCUCUAUGACUUUUAGUCCUACUUAAUCCUUUUCCUUUUCCUUCAGUUUCCUUUCAACAGUGAUUUUAAGCCUAUACCACUCUCCAAGACUCUAUUCUGCUGUUCAACAGUCCCCCUCCUCACACCCCUCAGGCAAGCUUAUUUCUUAUUUCAUCAAGAAAAAUUUGGCCAUCAGAUAUGAAUUACCAAGUAUCUUGCCUUAACCAAAUCAUUAGGAAAACUUUGGCCAUCAAAUGUGGAUUACCAAGUAUUUUACCUUAACCAAAUCAUCCCUUAACCUUGAGUUUCCCUUUAACUACUGUACUUUCCCCUUUCCUUCUUAGUCAUGUUUGUUGUUGUAUCUCAAAUAUAUUCUUACUGUCUUCACUGUUAUUCACUCCUCAACUCAUUGCCAUUUUUUGAUGCACAUUCCCCUAGCCCUCCACACCACCAGUGUAUUGUUUCACUGAAACUUCCUCACAGGGUCAUUGUGGCCUCUAAAUUUCUAAAUCCAAUGGAUAUCUUUACUCCAUUCACUAAACAUUCCUCUUUUAAAAAUCUCUACUUUCUUAGCUCCUUUGACGUCACCCUCCCCUGUUCAUUCUUAUAAUUGUCCUUUACUUCGUGACUUUUCAUGGGCCCCCUUCUCCUCUACUAUCUUAGUUUAAAGAGUGGCACUAUCCAGGGUUUUUAUCAUUAUGUUGCUAUUCCUGUGCCCACCCAUACAUUGGCCUCAGGGGAUCUCAAGAACUCUGAUUGUUUUAACUACCCCUCUGCUCUGACUUCUCCAGAAUCACUCUAACCUGUCUUCUGCUUUUCAUACUCCCAUAUCUAACUGCCUGUUGGACACCUUUACAUGGAAAUCUCACAGAUAUUAUCAGAUUCUGUGUGUCCUGAUUCAAACUCACCAUUGCUUAUUCUCCAACCUCCUAAAACAGUACUUCCUUAUGAAGUUCCAGUUUCAGUUAACAGGAUCACCACCCAUUCAGUUGCCAAACUAUGCUGAGGGUUAUUUUAGACUUCUCUAGAGUCUUCCUUUUCUCUUGUUGCCCACGUUCAGUCAGUCACUAAAUUUUGUCUGUGUUAAUGGUAAAUAUUUCACCAAUCUCCCUGCUGCUCUCUACUGCUACUGUGACCUUUCUAGCCCAUGCCCUCCUUAUCUCUUGCCUGGUCUAAUAUAUUUAUGUAACUGUGGUCUCCUUACUUCCAGGCUUGCUCCUCUCAAGUUCAUCCUCCAUAUUGUAGUUAGAGGAGAGAUUUCUCCAAAACAUACACCUGACCAUGUCAUAUAACUACUUAAACCACUUCAGGUUUUCCCAGCCCACAAAAUAAAAAGUCUAGGCUCCUUAGCAUAACAUAGAAGUUGCUUUGAUCUGACUCCCUAUUGCCUCUCCCAUCUCGUCCCCUUAUCUUUUGUUCUACAGCAAUUCCAGAUUUUAACAAGUUCCUGUAAAUAUUUCUUUGCUUUUUUCAUGCUAUUUCUUCUGUCUACAGUACUCUUCUCAGCUCUUUUCACCAUUAACUAUUUUUCAUCCUUCCAAGCUUAACUAAGACAUCAUCUCUUCGUAUAGCCUUCUUUAUACCUUCAUCUUGUACUAAGUGCCUCUGCUUCCUUGAAUUCCCAUACCUCUUAAGCAUACCUCUCUUACCUUUUACCAAAUGAAAUUGAACUCCUUUGUUCAUGUAUCUCUUUCUCACUUGGAUAUGUGAGCAACCUGCCCAUUUUAUUCAUCUUGUACCCCUAGCAUCUAGCAUGAUGCUUGGUGCCACAGAAGUGUUUAGUGUUUGUUGAACAGAUUAUUUGAAUUCAGCACAUCAUGUUCAUUUCUGUCUUCACCAGACCUGAUAUUGUUUUCAUGCCUUGGAAUGCCCUACCUUAUUAUUUUUUUAUAAUUCAAAUCCUCUUUCCCUCCAAGAUCCAUCACAACUUCCAUCACUGCUCUAGCUCUUGGUGUUCUCCCCUUUCUUUGAUUUUUCAUAGGCUUUACUGUUCAUUGACAGUUGCAUUAAUUAUAGACUUGUAACUGAAUUGGCCUCCUUGAGACAAAGGGUUGUAUUUUAUUCUGCAAUAUCCUUCUCAGUGCUUUAUGUGGUAAUGAGUAUAUAGCGUUUCUAAAUAUUUAGUAAUUGUUUAUUGAGGGGCUGGGUCAUGUAGUGGGAUAAACAUAGACUUGGAUAAAUGUUUGAAGUCACUUGCCCAGUUGCAUAUCAGCUUCCUCAGGUAUAAAAUGAAAAUUAGACUGCUUCAUAGAAUUGAAAAAGGAUGAAAUGAAGCAGUGUAUACAGUACCCAUCACAGAAUAGAUCCUCAACAAAUGUUAGUUAUCUUGAAAUAUUGUUUCCUGUCAUAAUUUAAAAACAGGUAAAUUGGACAUUUUCUAUUUUUGUUCAUAAGCUAAAUCCCACAUUAAGUUGCAUUUUUGCUUACAUGCAGCUCUCGAUUGAUUUUCCCCACUUAAGAUAUUAGACCAGUGGUUCUCAUUCUUGUCUACCUAUUAGAAUCAUGCAGGGAUCUUUUAGAAAUACCAAUGCUCAGGCCAUACCUCAAAUCAAUUAAAUUAGAAUCCCUGGGACCUACACAUCAGGGUUUUGUUUUCUCUUUGUUUUAUUCCCCAUGUAAUUAUGAUAAAGAACCAAGACUGAGAGCCACAAUGUUAGACUAUAAAGACAUGCAUUUACCCAGUCUAUGCUUUGUAAACAAAGACCUAAGUCUGGGGAGUUAGGAGAUAGGGCUGUGAUUAGGAGAAAAGUGGGAUCCACAAGUGUUAAAUUAUGGGUAAUUCUGAAAGGUAAAGGGUGCAAAGAUGCUUGAGUUUCUGGGUGAAGUCAGAAACAAGGAAUCCUAGCAGGGCUGAGGGGACCACAGCUGGACAGGGCCAAGGAGCAGACUCAUAUAGGAGAAUAGACAGUAUAAGAAACAUAGUAGAGUUAGGUUUCAAAAGGAUUAGGCCAGGAAUUUUGCUCUUGGGGGCCAAUAAAUAGGCUUCAUCUCUUCACAGAAAGGGUUUACAUUGUUUUUAUGUAUUAUUUUCUGAGAUGUCUGUAUCCUGGAAAAAAGAUUAACUAUAUGAAAAAGACAAGGGCCAAGGUAAUAGAAAUCAGAUCACAGUUAUAGAACUAUCUCAGGAUCUUUCAUAUGUGACCUUCAGCUCCUCUAAACUACUGUAUUACCUAUAUUAUAAUCUUCUGAUGUAAUUUGUGAAGAAACCAAGGAGGAACUGAGGAGAACAUUACAUACAAUAUACCCUAUAAGCACUAAACAUAUAAUAUCUGAAAUAUAAUGAGAGUUUAUAAUUAUAAUGAAGAUCAUUGGCUUGAUAAUCUAGGGCAGUGGUGCUCAGCAGUGGCUGCACAGAAAAAUAAUCUACAGCACUUUCAAAAAGUAAGACUGAUUCCACCCCUAGGGAUUCUGAUUAAAUUGGGCUGAUGUGGAGCUGUAACAUGAAUAUUUUUAAAGUUCUCCACAUGGUUCUAAUGUGUAACUAACAUUGAGAACCACUAGUCUAGAGGAAAACAGGACUCCUGCUUAUCUUGCACAACUUAGGUGUCCUCAAUAUAUAUAUGGGAUUGGCCAAGUGAAUCUGAGCUUUAAUUUUCACACCUCUUAAAUAAGGUUUGUAAUGAUUUCCUGAAAAGGGUUGUUAUGAGCAUGCAGAGUCCUGGAUUUAGUCCUCAGCUUUGCAAGAAGUCCAAAAUCUUCAGAGUUGAUCAGCCUCAAAUCAGGGACUCACCAAACCAAAAUUGGAAGAUGCUGAUAAAUAACCAAGGAACUGGAAAGAGUUUAGUAUGAGAACCUACGUUUGUCAUAUUUGUAAUAUCACCUUUACAUCUUUAGAAAUGUUCCGGUCCCAUAUGCAAGGAAGUGAACAUCAAAUUAAAGAAUCUAUUGUUAUCAAUCUAGUGAAGAAUUCAAAGAAGCCACCAGACUCUUACCAAGAUGAAUGUACAGAUUACGUCAAAGUACAGAAAGCCAGAGGACCAGAACCAAAGACUUGUUUCAGAAAGAUGGAAGAGAGUUCUUUGGGAGCCCGUGGGUACAGAGAAGUGGUCGAUUUCAGAUACAGACAUAGAAUGUUUGAACAAAGACUCCCAUGUAAGACUUUCCAGACAUACCCAGGAUCAUACAGUAUUUCACAAACCGUGGAAAACCAGUUACCUCAUUGCUUACCAGCUCACUCAAAGAAGAUGUAUGACUCUUUCCAAGAUGAACUGGAAGAUUACAUCAAAGUGCAGAAAGCCAGGGGACUUGAUCCAAAGACUUGUUUCAGAAAGAUAAGAAAGAGCUCUAUGGAAUCCCAUGGGUACAGAGAAGUUGAUUCUGGACCCAGACCAAGAAUGUGGGAGCAAAGAUUUUCACUUGAGAAUUCCCAGACCUACCAACAACCAUACAAUAUUUCACCAGUGGAAAACCAACUACAUCAUUGGUUACCAGCUCAUUCAAAGAGGACAUAUGACUCUUUCCAAGAUGAACUUGAAGAUUAUAUCAAAGUGCAGAAAGCCAGAGGACUAGAACCAAAGACUUGUUUCAGAAAGAUAACUGAUAGCUCUGUGGAAACUCACAAAUACAGAGAAAUGGUUGAUUCCAGAUCUAGAUAUAGAAUGUUUGAACAAAGACUCCCAUGUGAGACUUUCCAGACUUACCCAGGAUUAUACAAUAUUUCACAAACAGCAGAAAACCAGUUACCUCAUUGCUUACCAGCUCAUGACAGCAAACAGAGAUCAGACUCUAUGACUUACUGUCAACCCACCAGAGACUAUUUCCCAGAAAAACCAGUACCCCUGAGCCUUAGUCAGCAGGAAAAUAACUCUGGCCCAUACAGUGUAGAAUCUGAAGUUUACAAGCACCUCUCCUCAGAAAACAAUACCAGUGACCAUCAAUCAAGUCAUAAGCGGAGACAUCAGAAGAGAAGAAGGCACCUGGAGGAAGGCAAAGAAAGGCCAGAGAAGGAGCAGUCCAAACAUAAAAGGAAAAAGAAUUGUGGGGAUACAGAUUUAGACAAGGACAAGAGCAUCCGACAAAGUAAAAGAGAGGAAGAUAAAGUCAGUGUCAGUUCAGGAAAGCUUAAGCAUCGAAAAAAGAAAAAAAGCCAUGGUGUACCCUCUGAGAAGGAAGAACGUAAGCACAAGAAAGAGAAAAAGAAAUCUGUUGAGGAAAAGACAGAAGAGGAAAUGCUUUGGGAUGAGUCUAUUCUUGGAUUUUAAACUUUUAGCUUUGUUUACUUAAGGAGAAAUCGGUUAAGAAUAGGGAAAUUUAGACAAAGACGGGAACAUCCAAUGAAGAAAAAGAGAGGUGGAUACAGCCUGUGUCAGUUUAGGAAAGCUUAGUUUUUUGUGUGUAAAAACUGAAAUUAAAUUGAAAGAAGAGAUAAACAAGCUUAAACCUCGAAGAAAGAACAGAAGAACACAAUAAGAACAUAAGAGAAAAGGAAGCCUAUUGAAGAAAAGACAAAAGUGUCAGUGCUUUGGGUGGAAUCUUCUCUUGGAUUUUGAAGUUUUCAGUUUUGUUUCCUUAAGGUUGAAUUGAAGAAAUAAGUUGAAGAGCUUCAUUUUAUGAAAUUCAUGUUAUUUAAAUUUUCCUAAGUGGACAGUUACUUUAACUGCUAACAAAAGCCAAGUGAAGUUAAAGUAUUCAAUAUGCCUUUUCCUCAAAUUAUUUUUCCUCAUUUCUUAACAUGAAAGAAAAGUUACAUGUUUCUUACAUAUAAUUUUCCUUAAUGAGGCUGUCUCUACUCCUAUUCAUCAAGUUGCUGUGAUAGUGAAUUAUUUACCUAUGGGAGAUAAUUUAUUUUAAAUGAGAGAAUUACCAGGCAUUAUAGAAUCCAUCCCUUGUUUGGGUUUGUGUUAGUGUUGGUGGUACUUUACUGUUGUUGUUGUGUGUUUGUUUAUGUUUCUUGGUUUUCUCUAGGGAAAAUGUGUGAAGUGAUUUAGACUGAUUUUUGUUUGUUUGUUAAAUCUAAUUUGCAGUGUAUUUUUGUAUUUUCUAGUUCUGAAAGUGGAAAAUGAAAGUCUAUAAUAAACUUAGAUGAUAUAUAGUUUUAAAAAGUUCUCAAAAGUACUGAAAAAAUCAGUCUAUAUUCUGGAAAUGUUUAUAUUAAAGUGUUUUAAUUUCUA